CCCUUGAUCAGCCGCAACUACAAGGGCGAUGUGGCCAUGAGCGAAAUUGAAUACUUCAUGCCCCUGCUGGUGCAGCGGGAGGAGGAGGGUGCCCUGGCCCCGCUGCUGAGCCACGGCCGAGUCCACUUCCUGUGGAUCAAACACAGCAACCUCUACUUGGUGGCCACCACGCUGAAGAACGCUAAUGCCUCCCUGGUAUAUUCUUUCCUCUACAAGGCUGUGGAGGUAUUCUGCGAAUACUUCAAGGAGCUGGAGGAAGAGAGCAUCCGGGACAACUUUGUCAUUGUCUACGAGUUACUGGAUGAGCUCAUGGACUUCGGCUUCCCGCAGACCACGGACAGCAAGAUCCUGCAAGAGUACAUCACGCAGCAGGGCAACAAGCUGGAGACUGGCAAGUCGCGGGUGCCGCCCACCGUCACCAACGCCGUGUCCUGGCGCUCCGAGGGCAUCAAGUACAAGAAGAACGAGGUCUUCAUCGACGUCAUAGAGUCUGUCAACCUGCUGGUCAGUGCCAACGGCAGCGUCCUGCUGAGCGAGAUCGUGGGCACCAUCAAGCUCAAGGUGUUCCUGUCGGGGAUGCCAGAGCUGCGGCUGGGCCUCAAUGACCGCGUGCUCUUCGAGCUCACUGGCCGCAGCAAGAACAAAUCAGUCGAGCUGGAGGACGUGAAAUUCCACCAGUGCGUGCGGCUGUCGCGUUUUGACAAUGACCGCACCAUCUCCUUCAUUCCGCCCGAUGGUGACUUUGAGCUCAUGUCCUACCGCCUUAGCACCCAGGUCAAGCCGCUGAUCUGGAUUGAGUCUGUCAUUGAGAAAUUCUCCCACAGUCGUGUAGAAAUCAUGGUCAAGGCCAAGGGGCAGUUUAAGAAGCAGUCGGUGGCCAACAGUGUGGAGAUCUCUGUGCCCGUUCCCAGCGAUGCCGACUCCCCACGCUUCAAGACCAGUGUGGGCAGCGCCAAGUACGUGCCGGAGAAGAAUGUCGUUAUUUGGAGCAUUAAGUCCUUCCCGGGAGGCAAGGAGUACCUGAUGCGAGCCCACUUUGGCCUCCCCAGCGUGGAGAAGGAGGAGUUGGAGGGUCGACCCCCCAUCGGGGUCAAGUUUGAGAUUCCCUACUUCACUGUCUCUGGGAUUCAGGUCCGAUACAUGAAGAUCAUUGAGAAAAGUGGUUACCAGGCCCUGCCAUGGGUUCGCUAUAUCACACAGAGUGGCGAUUACCAGCUUCGUACCAGCUAGAAGGGAGAAGAGGUGGGGCUUGAACAUGGGGCCUCCCCACAGCCCCCACUGCAGAUUUUUAAAGAGGGAGGGACGGUGAGGGGGCUGUGUGUGUUUGUCUGAGGGCAGGCUCCCGACUUGGUGGUUUCUUGGUCUCUACCCCCUCCUGACCUCUUCCGGUACCCACAGGCUAUGAGGGAAGUCUCCCUGCCUCUCCCCUCGGGGAUUCUCCCAUCUCCCUGAUUUUAUAUGAAGAAACAGAAGAGGGGCUUGAAGUCCCCCUCAUGAGUGCCUUCUUGCAAUGACCUGCCUUAGGGGAUGUCGGGGGUCCCUUCUCCUUCAUAGCUGCUGAGCCCAGAGGCCCCGCUGGCCUGCUCCUCUGAGUUUUAGGAUAUUAUUAAAAAGAUGAAUCUA